UACAUACAUACACAAGCCAAAUUUGCAAGUUAGUUUGGAAAUAUACUUGUAUAUGAAAAUUUGAAAAUAUAUACAAUUUUUACAUUAGCUUCAAAAGACAAAAGGAAGCCAGGAAUUAUUUUUUAGCGGCAAGCGACUGGAAGGAGGUCCGAUUGAAGCGAGGUCUGCCGUCCGCGACAGAGGUUCCUCACUUCUCAGCACAUAUCAAUUUUUUUUUUCAAGAUGGCGUCUUUUCCUUGCAAAGGAAUGCUCAAUUUCGGAAUUCUUCGCGCCAGGAACCUGCGGACUUGCUCCAGGCUAAAACUGCACACUGCACAAAAUAAAAGAAGAGCUGCUGCCGAGUCUACAACACAGCAGGCUCAGGCAGCUGACGAUAUUGUCAUCCCUGAUUACAUCGAAAGGUCACCCACCGAUAUUCUAAAGGCCCUAAGCUCAACGGUGGGCCGAGACCUGACGGCAUCUCACUUCAAAUUCCACGACGACCCGUACCUGAUGCCGCGCUCCAACCCGGAUAAGCGGCAGUUCGCGCUGUCUCAGGAGGCUGGCCGUAAUGCGGCUCGCUGGAUCCGCGACCACAAGCCCGAGCUGUUCAGCCACCAGACUGCACAGCCCUUCUCGCAGGCUUAUGCCCCGGUGGAGGUGUUCGACUCGGACUCGGCCGUCUCUGAGGAGACUCUGCUGCGACUCAUUGACGAGGUGCGCGUCUCGGACGCCGUCACCGUCUACCGAAAAUUGGCCGCCGAGAACGCCGAGCUGAGCCGGGAGACGCGUCAGGCGCUGCUCGAACUGCUCUGCUACCACAACUGUGACGACACUCUGGCAGAAGACCGGAUCGAGGAGCGAUGGUUCGCCAGCACGGCCGUCGCCACAAAAGUCCGAAACACCUGGAAAGAUAACGGAGUAGCCGAGGAGGUGUUUCGGAGUCUGGAGCCGCUGGACGCCCGCGCCUACAACACACUCAUCAGGGGGAUGGCCAAGUACCACCAGGCUGAUCGCGCAAAGAAGACGUGGGACGAGAUGCUGAACCAGGGCUUGAAGCCCGAGCUGGAGACGUACAACCACAUGAUCAGCAUCGCCAGCUUCGUGAUGGAGAGCUCGCAGAAGCAGUGGGAGUUCGUCGAGGAUCUGCUGCGUCAGAUGGCCGCUGAGGGUGUCCGGCCCAACACCUCCACCCUGACGGCCGUGAUGCACGCAGUUCAGAUGCUCGGCUCGUGGCGGAACGCCCGUGAGACGGCGCUGGCCGCGUGGCGUGAGCUGCGCGCGCUGGGCGUGCGACCCUCCCUGGCCAGCUACUACUGUCUUCUGUCUGUCUUCUAUCGUGACCGUAACAACUCAGCGGUGUCCGGCUCGCUACUGAAGAGUGUCCUGAACGAGCUACAGGGAAAGUCAUUCACCAUCGAGCACCCAAUGGAUACCUUCUUCUUCACCACUGCCAUGAACAUUUGCAAAAAUAAAUUGCAGGACCGAGACCUGGCGCUACGUGUGGACGAACUCCUCCACACGGGCGACAACUACGACCUGAUCGGCGACUCCUACAAGGAGGCCAUCUACUACCGUAACCUGCUGGGACUGCUCUCCGUCACAGAGCCCAUCGAGGCGUUCAUUGAGAACUUUUACAACAAAUUGGUGCCCAACGUGUACACGCCUGAGCCGGGCAUUAUGGAGGGACUGGUGAAGGCGGUCAAUCUCAACGGUGCCGUCCAGUACAUCCCUCAACUCUGGACGGACAUGGUGACCUUCGGUCAUACGAACCGCACCAGUCUGCUGACGACCCUGCUACAGACCCUGGCGCUCAACCCGGGCCAGACGGACGAGCAGCGGCGCCAGCUGGCGGCCGUAGGGUGGGACCUCUUUGAGAGGGUCGAGCGACAGCGCAGCGACCGACAUGACAAGUCGGACCGCCUGCACUGGACUGCGCCGAUGCUCGGCGACCUGAUCCUGGUGCUGACCCGUGCCGGAGAGGUCAGCCAGGCGGCGCGAAUCCUGAGGAAGCUGGACGCCGAGCAGACUGAGAUUGUUGGAGUUCCGGACGUUCGGGCAGUCCAGGGCCUCUUUGACAUGGCGCUGGUCCAUCAGAAGACGCCCGUCUGCGUGCUAUGCGCCCGCUACGCGUGCGAGAUGGGUUUCGGCGAGGCGCAGGCCAUGGCCGACACGCUUCUCUCCACUCUGCCUGUGACCGAUGACGAUCGACUGAAGCUGGCCUCUGCCGGGCUGGAAGUACCGCCGCCCCAGAGCUGACUGGUCGCCUAAACGCUGUGAAGACGUGAGUGUAUGAGUGUGAGUGGGAGAGUUCAUUGGAUUGGAUUGUGGGAUGGUGUAGACUGAAGAUGAGAGAUGACAUUACCUCGCUUUUGUAGGUGGCACUGGCGUGCAGUUGGUGCUAGAAGUCGAGUGGUGACGAUGAGACGCGUGUGAUGUGGUAUAAUUUUAGUACCAUGGAGUUCGGUCCAGUUUUGUAUUUGUUUUGCCGGUAUUGUGAGAUGUGUUGAUGUCGGCUCUCAGGGGGCGUUCUAUUUGUGCUGCUCCAGUCGCAUGGAAUAUAUGAUCAGCCUCGUAA